AUGUACUCGACCACCUCGCAUCUCCCUGUCUCGGCGUCCUUGAACGGCGGCAUUGGAGGAAGCAUAAUGGACCCGUCCGGUACAAUAAACCCCGCUGCUCUCAACUCAGCAGGUAGUGCGUACUUCCCUAUUGCCCUUGCUGCUUUGCGCGGCCCGCACCGCGAGCGCGUCAUGGAUGCGCGUUUUCAUCUCCAUCAAACCCGCGCCACCGUCCCCGCGCAGCCGCUCGCAGCGAUGCUCGCCGUGCUCGCCGUCGCCUCCCCGAUGCCAGUCCUACCAAGUCCUCGCGGCAUAAAACGAAGCCGCUCGCCGGACCACGCGGAGGAUGUCUACGCAAUUGAGCGGGCAGAUGAAGACGACUCCAAGCCACGGAAACGUGGGAGGCCGCCAAAGUCAAGAGUGACUGAAAGUCCUCUAUCGGUGCACUCCCAACAGCCUGCGCCUGGUCCGGUCCAAACACCGCAGCUCAAGUCCCAGUCUUUGCCGCAAACAUCUCCACCUCAAUCAUCCCCUCCGAAGUCCACUCCCACGAAAAGCACGGUACUAAAGGCACUGCCGACAGUUAGAGACCACACGACCGAUCAGCUUAAUCCCGAAGGCGAUGAGUACAUACCGCGUGAAUUCGACGAGGCCGGAGAGAAGAAGGUCACCACCACCGGACAUCCGUUAGACAACAGAGAAUACCGAUGCCGCACGUUCUUUGUUCCCAAUAGAGGCGACAAGCUUUUCAUGCUUGCCACAGAGUGUGCACGAGUGCUAGGCUACCGAGACUCGUAUCUGCUCUUCAACAAGAACAGGUCUUUGUACAAAAUUAUCGCCACUCAGGCCGAAAAGGACGACCUCAUCCAGCAGGAGAUCUUGCCAUAUUCUUAUCGCUCCCGACAAAUAGCCAUCGUUACGGCCAGGUCCAUGUUCCGCCAAUUUGGCAGCAGGCUCAUCGUCAACGGCAGACGCGUGAGGGAUGACUACUGGGAGAGCAAGGCUAGAAAGCAAGGCUUUACCGAAGAUGACCCGGCAGGUGAGAAGCGGCCAGGCGCAGCGAGACAGAGAGAAGCCGCGGCAGCAGAGGCCAACAGCCACGCACUGACCGCGCUGCCACACGGAGAGAUCAUCUACAGCAACGGACCUGGUCAGUUGGACGUUCCGCCGGGCGUGCACCCAGGUACUCUGGGACCUCUGCCCAUGAUCAAUUUGGCGCCUGCAGAUGAGCUGCGUGCGAGGGACUUCGGUGGCCUUCAAAGGCCGAGGCAUGAGAUCUCGGGCCCUGCUUACGAGGGUCGGAUGAUACCAAGCACUGCCAGCGAGAUCCUCAAUCAGGCUGCCCAUGCUGCAGAGUACAACAAGAACCUUGGUGGGCAGCGGACAGUUCGCAGCAACUACAUGGACGAGUAUUGGAAGAGACCGCACGAGCCCGUACUCGCGAACCACCAGCGUCAGCCCACGGUUGAAGGUGAAGGUGUCUCGGGCGCUCAGCAAGGACUCCCAUCCCCAAGGCCAAACGCGAACGCGAUGAUGGCCGGACAGCAGCAAACCCUGCCGACUCAUGCUCAGCCAGGUGCAUCGCAGAUGAUGGCGGCUCAGCAGCCAUACACGCAAGCUUCACACGCACCAAACACGAUGGUUCAAACGCCGAUGCGGCCCAUGCACCAACCUCCUCAUCUGCAGCACCGCUCACCAAGCAUGAACAUGGGUCCCGGAGGCGGUGCAGGCCAGCCAGGCCCGUACGGUUAUCCGCAGAGCCAAAUGUGGCCCCCGCCGCAACCGCAGCCAUCGCCGUUGUCACAGCAGCAUAGCAUGCAACAAUUUGGUCAGCAACAGUCGCCUCAUCCACAACCAUCGCCCCUGCACGCGCCACCACAAAUGCAUCACCCUCAGGGCAGCGCAUCGAUGCAUGGAGGCCCGAUGGGCUAUUCGACAAUGGGCGGCAUGAACCCUGCGUACCGGAACAUGGGCGGCAACCCGUACCAGGCAAGCCCCAGCCCACAGCACUUCAAUGUGCACCCGAGCACUGCGGCGCCACAGCCAGGCAUGCAGGGCUGGUCACAAGGGCCUCCUCAGCAGGCACAGAACUGGCAGGGCUUCUAA